CGGAGAGGAGCAGCCAUGGCCCUGUGCUACCCCAUGGCCGUGGGCCUCAACAAGGGCCACAAGGUGACGAAGAACGUGAGGCAGCCGAGGCACAGCCGGCGGCGCGGGCGCCUCACAAAGCACACCAAGUUCUUGCGGGACAUGAUCCGGGAGGUGUGCGGCUUCACGCCCUACGAGCAGUGCGCCAUGGAGCUGCUCAAGGUGUCCAAGGACAAGCACGCGCUCAAGUUCAUCAAGUUCAUCAAGAAGCGGGUAGGCACGCACAUACGCGCCAAGAGGAAGCGGGGGGGGCUCAGCAACGGGGGGGCGCGCCCACGAAGGACUGUUCCCCCCCCCCCCCCCCCCCGUUCCCAAUAA